AUGACUCUCAUCUCAGGGAGAAAGGUCAACAGUGCUUCUGCCAUAGAGGCUCAGAAAGAGUUAGCAAACGUGCAAGAAAUUGGCUCCCCCAAAGAAGGGAUAAACUAUCACCAGUAUGGCGUAUAUCAAGAUGACCAAGAGAAAGAGAUCAAGUUGAGAAGGAAUACAAUGCAAUUUCCGGUCCCUCCGCUGUCUACCUCUCCAGAGCCAGCGGUCAUAAGACUCAAGAGCGUUGAUCGAUUUUACUCCGGAAAUAUACAGCCAAGUGAGCCGCGGGAGAUUCACUCCAGCUAUCCUGACGAAAGAACCACUUCUGUAGAGCCUGAAUCAAUCGGAAUUCGCAGAAUGGAGCACAGAGAGACUUCAAAUCUUAUUGAUCUAUCCAGCGCAUCUCCAGCCAACCUGCUGUCGCAGUUUGAUCCAUACGAACAAAUUGUCAGAGAGGGAGACUCAGGAAUGACGACUAGCGUUCUGGGAACCCUUGAAUCGGCUGACUUGAAAGGCGAACAAACUUCCAAGCUUUCAAUUCCGAAAUUGAGAAGUCCGGAUAAUGGCAGCCCUGGUGACCGGCGAAGCGACUGGUCUGAAGGGCAAAACCUGAUCCAAAAAUUCGGAUAUGUAUCGCCCAACGAGAUAGAGGCAUCAAUCAAAAGCCAAAAUGAAAAAGAAUCAGUGACUGAUGCCGAAAUUGAAACCUUGCGUUCGUACAAUAGAUACAGGACGAUCAAAGAGCAUGGGCAUUUGGCCAGCAAUGAUAGCGGCAAUGCCAUAAACUCUGCUGCCUCCAUUACUGGAAUGUCUAGCAAAAAGGGGUCUGUGUCUCAACCAUGGGCUUUCGGAGAUGUCGACGCACUUGAGAGAGCCAGUGUCAAAAGCUCGAAGUCUGAAUUCUCCUUUAGUAAAGCGAGUGUGCGUAAAUACACUGGAGGAUCGACGAGAAAGACCAUGGUUCACUCGGAAGACCGUAAGAAAUCUGUGGAGUUUAAAGAUGCAGAAUGCGAGAAACUAGCAAAACCCGAGCCGGUCUAUCAGUACCGCCUCACAAUGUCUCCGUGGAUUGGGAUCUUUUUGGCCUUUGUUUUUAUCCUUUUACUUAUAUAUGCGACUUUGGUGUCUAUCAAAGCGUGGUCUCCUUCCAAAGUCGGAAGGGAACAAGUGGCGCAAUACUUUCAAAUGUUGGAUGAAACUGAGAGAUAUCCGGAAGUUACUAGCAUUUUUAGUGAUUUCAAUCUCGGCAAUGGCAAAAUAUCAGACAGCUUUUCCCUUCGCAAUAAUACCCUUCAAAAUAACAACACUCUGUUUAAUCACUCGAUAAUCAACUCAUUCAAAGGUAUCAGCAGCAAAUACCAGGGCGACUACGAGAUAAGGGCCUUGAUGGAGGAUGACAGAUUAAAACAAUCCUUUUACGGCCUAUCAUACGCCCCAAGAGGGGUGAUUGAGCCGAUGUGUCAGGUCACGGAAAGAGACGUUUUAUUGGAUGUCGCAUUAUUGUCAAGAGUCACAACUAGGGUCAGAACCUAUGGGACGCAGUGCCGUCAAGCCGAACUUAUCCUCAAAGCUUUCCAAGAGCUUGAUUUGAACAUGACAAUCGCCCUCGGAGUCUGGAUUGGAGAAGACGAUCAUUCGAAUUGGAAACAGAUGAAUGAAUUGAAAUGGUUGCUCAGCAACUUCCCAAAACGCUACUUCAACUCAAUAAUCAUUGGAAAUGAAGUGCUCUUCAGGGAAGAUAAAACUGUGAGAGAGUUAGUCUCGUACGUGGAAGAGGCUAGAACUUAUACAAAGUCCAUUGGGUACGGAGACAUUCCAAUUGGGACCUCUGAGCUGGGAUCUCAAGUCAAGCGUGAAAUGGUUGAAGCGUGCGACUUCAUCGGUGCUAACAUUCAUCCCUUCUUUGGAGGAGAGACAGUCAAAGCAGGAGUGCAAUGGACAACAGAUUUCCUUGAGCAGCAGGUAUUGCCUUUUGUCCAUAAUAUACGGCCAGAAGUUCGAGUUGUCGUUACUGAAGUUGGCUGGCCAACUGGUGGUGGACAAUACAUGGCUUCAGUUGCCGGGAAAAAAGAAAUGCAGCAAUUCCUUGAAUCAUGGGCAUGUUCGCCCAAGACGCAAGAAUUUGCAUGGUACUAUUUCGAAGCCUUUGAUGAGCCAUGGAAAAAGAUAUGGCACGAGGAAGGCAGUACGUGGGAAACUCAAUGGGGAUUCUUCACCCACGAUCGUAAACUGAAAGAAGGAAUCAGGCUCCCUGAAUGCGUAGAUGCCGUCAAUUUCUCCAUUGGGCUCUGGAAAAAUGUUAGCCGAGUCCAAUGA